AUGCCAUGCGUGGUGCUGGGCGCAGGGCACACCGUGGUGGCCGUGGUGCUCAACUUCGCCUGGCUGGACGUGCGGUGGGGCCUUACCACCCUCGUGUUUGCGCUCUUCCAGCAGCUUGGACUCAGCCGGCACAACCCCAGAGGCUUCAAUGUGGCUCGCUUCACCGCAGUGUUGCUGAACUCGGUGCUGGUGAUGGUGGUCGGGGUGGUGGUUCUCUCGCUGGCAACAGUGAGCGUGGACAGCAACUGGUCGGCCUUCUGUGUGGAAGGCCAGCCAGGAUGCAAGUACUACGAGGUGCCCAUGCUGAACGCGAACGUCACAUCCCCCUUGGAGUGCGAUCGCCACUACCGCUAUGGGAAACGCGGGCACCUCAGCAUCAGCGACUUCGCGCUCUUCUCGGCCCUGGCGUACGAGUCGGAGGACCUGAUCUCGAGCGUCCAACUCGAAAGCGGAACAAAAACCGCGGAGAGCCGCGAAAGUGCUUGA